AUGGCGCCGAAGAACCCUCGCCCUUCGAACGCGCAGCGCGACACCGCGGCGGUCUACGGCGGCAGCGGCGCGAAGGAGAGGCACCCAUUCGCACAGACCGAGGUGACAGAGAAUUGGCUCCGUUAUUUUUUUGUCGUCGUUCGUGUCGCGCGUAUUGCGCGCCGUAUGUGCGCGCGCAGACGCGUCAGCUAUGGGUUCAUCGGCUAUGACAUGCACAGCGGCAACCCAAGGCAGGGCGUCGAGUGGUGCUUCCAGCUCAUUGCGUUGCGCGAUGGGGCGGUGGACGGCCACAUCGGGAAGAACAAACCGAAACGGCGGGGCAAGCUGUGCCUCGCGGCGAGAGUGCCGACGCACGCGGAGAUCACGCACCCCGCGUUCCACUCGAUGGGUCGGGGGUUCGGCCCUCGCACGAUGCUCGCGAAGGCCACCCCGAACAAGGGCGAGCAGUUGCACAUCAAGUUCACAGAAGAUAACAUCAAUUACUCUGCUCAC